UCGCAAGUCCAAAACCCAAAACCCUAGACCGGAUCUCCUUCUGCGAACACCACCAACGGCGACGCCAGCUUUCCCGUAAGCCCCAUCUCCUUCGUCGAACACCACCAACGCCGACGCUCGGUUUCCCCCCAUGUGGAGGAGAUCCCCAAUCCACCUCCGCCAAUCCUUCGUCGCUCGCUCUUUCUCACAGUCCACCUCGAUCCCUAAGAAUCUGCAGCGCGUCCGCGACCACGGCUUCGACGACGUCAUGGAGGUGGAGAAGAAGGUACGCCGCGCCCUCCACCUCCAGUCCUACCUCCUCUCCCAGCCCUCCGGUUCCCUCCCCGUCUCCCAACUCGACGUUGUCGCCCGCCGCUACCACGCCUUCGGCCCCCACGAAACGGGUAAUUUCCUCCUCAAGCACCCCCACGUCUUCCACGUGUUCGACCACCCCGUCCAGCGCCGUCUCUGGGUCCGCCUCACCCCCCGCGCCGCCCUCCGCCUCCGCCAGGAGUCCGACGCCGUCCGCUCCAUGCUCCCUGACGCCGUCCGCCGCCUCCGCAAGCUCCUCCUCCUCGCUGCCCGCUCCCGCCGCCUCCGCCUCGAGCACAUCCGCCUCGUCCGCCACGACCUUGGCCUCCCAGAUGACUUUUUGCAGUCCGUCGUCCUCGCCAAUCCCUCCUUCUUUCGCCUCGUCGUCUCCUCUGACUUCCCCGACGACCCCCGGGCUAAAUAUGUCGAGUUCGUUGACGAACCUGACGACGGCAAUGACUUGGCGGAGUUCACCAUGUGUGCCAUUGAACGCACCCGCGAGCUCCAGUACCGUGAGCGCGGCGCUGACGCCGAGGACUCCCGCUUUGCCUUCCUCAUCAAUUUCCCCCCGGGAUUCAAGAUCGGCAAGUACUAUAGGAUCGCGGUGUGGAAGUGGCAGCGGCUGCCCUACUGGUCUCCUUAUGAGGAUGUGUCCGGCUAUGAUCUCCGGUCGCUCGAAGCACAACGGCGGAUGGAGAAACGAAUGGUGGCAACAAUACACGAGUUGCUGUCUUUGACGGUGGAGAAGAGGAUGACGAUGGAGCGGAUUGCACAAUUCCGGCAGGCAAUGGGGCUGCCGAAAAAGCUUAAGGCGUUCUUGCUGCAGCACCAGGGAAUAUUCUAUUUUUCGACGAGGGGGAAUCGUGGAAAACUGCAUACAGUGUUCUUGAGGGAGGCAUAUCGCAAGGGGGAGCUUGUGGAGCCAACUGAGUUAUAUCUAGCAAGGAGAAAGCUAGGUGAACUGUUGUUGCUUAGUCCUAAGAAGGCAAAUUUGGAUAGGAUGCUGACUAGUCUUGGGAGGGGCAUGGAUGCGUUCAGUGGAGGGAGUGGUGCUAAGAGUAAGCUGAUUGGCGAUGAGGGUGAACAGAGAAGUGAAAACGAGGACAGUGGUUCUGAUUCUGGUGUUGAAUCUCAGUUUGUUGAUUGACAAAAUUGAAGUUGACCCCAAGUUCUAAGGAUUAUCAAUCUAAUUAUCAUUAAGUAUUAAUUUAA